AUGUCAGUGUCAGUCUAUGAAAGUGCUAUUACGGCCGAGGUUGCGGUGCCACAAGUUGCAGAACAACCCGCACAGGUGAAUGCCGUCGUGAAUACUCCAGUGGUGGCUGAUUCAAAUGAUGAUGGAACAGUCACCCAGGAACUAGAAAAAGAGCAAAUGAGGAGUACAUUGGAAGAGGCGAUUGUGGAAACGCGCAGUAUGCCUCUCGAAAAUCGACCGCGACUUCCCCGCAUAGCCCUAAGCAAGCGGAAUCAGGCUGUCGUGAAGGCUCUGAACCCAAUGCUGGUGACCUAUUUGGAAGCCAGCCGGGACCUUUGCGAGACAAACUCAAUUCUUUUUGGAGCAUUGGCAGUCUGUCGUAUUAUAAGCGCCAAGCUUUCCACGGCUGGACGCGCUACUGGACAGAGUAGCGCUAUCCCAGCCUGGAGAAGAAGAAUUGAGGAGCGUAUCGCAAAUGCUAAAGCUCUCAUCGGCAGACUGAUAUGCUUCAGGUCAGGCAAUAACAGGCCAAGGAUUGUGCACACUGUCAGGACGGCGUUUGCUGGGACAAAUGUCAGUUUGUCCCAGUCGGAUAUAACGCAAAAACUGACGGAGCGCAUAGAUGAUCUGAAGCAGAGAUUCGCUGCUUGGGGAAAGUGGAUUCGGCGAUAUACCGAGAGGUCGACUCGGUUCAACCGGAAUCGUCUCUUCCAGAUUAAUCAGAAGAGGCUCUAUGGAUCAUUUUAA